UUUUAUUUAAGAAUCGGAAGUCUAUGCGAUAUAAAUAAAAUGAAAAUUCUUGUGAAGUUGCUGGUUUUUACAGCAUUUAUCAUAAUAACCGGAGCCACGGACUACUGCUCUCCGUUUCUGUGUCGUAAAGCACUUAAGCACAUUGCCUGUGGAAAUAAUGGGACAUUUUCCAGUAAUUGUCCCGCAGAUGCUACAAUUGUCCCCCUUAAUCCAUCCAUUCGGGAUUUUAUUGUACGCGGGCACAAUGAGAAACGAAAUUUUAUUGCCGGAGGAGGUGAUGCUAAACAUCUGCCAGCUUGCCGCAUGGCAACAAUGCAAUGGCAUCCCGAAUUGGCAUCAUUGGCCGAACUGAAUGUUCGUCAGUGUUUGAUGCAACAUGAUCAAUGUCGUAACACAAAUGAGUUUCUAUAUUCUGGACAGAAUUUAAUAACCAUUGGUUAUUAUGGAAAUCCAAAUGAAACAAGAAUGUUUCAAAGAGCUCUAGACGUGUGGUAUGAUGAAGUGCAGAACAGUAAUAUGGAAUUUAUUCGUAAAUAUCCGGAAAAUUACAAGGGGAAAACAAUUGGCCACUUCACCGUAAUGAUGGCUGAUCGCAAUAUCCGCGUUGGCUGUGCUGCUGCAAAAUAUUCCAAAUUGGGAGUUUCCUAUAAAAUAUUCUUAAUCGCCUGCAACUAUGCCACCACCAAUAUGAUUGAUUUUCCCAUUUAUGCCAACUGUAAUUCAUCCGGCACAUCGUGCAUUACUGGCCGAAACCCCCAGUAUCCAAAUUUGUGUUCAAUUGGUGAAGCCUAUAAUGUGAACAGAUGGUAUUAAAUAAAGCUUUAAAUUUUGAACAACAUUAAA